GGGAUGUGUUAUAAUGUGACAAGAACAACACAAAAAAGAUAUUAUAAAAAUAUAUUAAACCUCACCUUUUUCCCCACCUUUUGUGGGGAAAAAAGGAAAAGAUCCAUAAGGAAUGAUGAACAGGUAUAAAAUACAGCCACAAUAAUCAAAGAAAAGGAGGUUUGGAAGUGUCAGGACGUGGGACGUUUCAGAAGGUAGAACUCCAUGUGAUUCACUGAGUUCCUUCAUCAGCAGCUGCAGUUCCUUUCACAAACACUCGUACAGUCAGUGUGCAAGAGGAAACAAGGACGUCCUUUAGGUUGGCAAACAGGGAUGUGCGAAUUGAGCAAUUAAAUAUCCCUAUCUUCCAUUGAAAGGGAACUUCAUUUCGGAGAGUUAAGUCAUCGUUUUUUUUUUUUAAAGAAACAAGUCGCCGGGACAGAUCUGGCAAGAAAGGACUACUUUAACUGUCUACUCUGAAUGUAAGAUUGUAAAGCAGAAGAAGGAAGGAAUUAAAAGCCAUCACCAUGGACUUUGUUAUGAAGCAAGCAUUAGGAGGGGCCACCAAAGACAUGGGGAAGAUGCUUGGUGGAGAUGAGGAAAAGGACCCUGAUGCAGAAAAGAAGGAAGAAGAAAGACAAGAAGCUCUUCGGCAACAGGAGGAGGAGAGGAAGGCAAAAUAUGCAAAAAUGGAGGCUGAAAGAGAAACAAUGCGGCAGGGCAUCAGGGAUAAGUACGGCAUAAAGAAGAAGGAGGAGCGGGAGGCAGAAGCUCAAGCUGCUUUGGAGGUUGCUGCAGAAGGCAGUCUUACUCGCCCAAAGAAGGCCAUACCUCCUGGCUGUGGUGACGAAGCAGAAGAGGAGGAAGAGAGCAUCAUAGAUACUGUCAUGAAAUACCUUCCUGGCCCCCUUCAAGACAUGUUUAAAAAGUAACAGCUUUAGUGAUAUUUCAUUGUUACCCUUUAGUUUAUAUGGCAAAUACAUUCUCCCUCAGAGACUUAGGAAAUAGUUCCAAGUUAAUCAUGUGCCACCUAUUUUAUUUGUAAAUAGCCUCUGGUUUCAAUGAAGUAUAUAAUUAUAUAUAUGAAACAAAAAUAAUAAUAAAAAAAACUCUAAGAGUAUAAGCCAUACUUUACCUUUGAGGAAAAUCUCAGUCAUAUGUUGUUGUUUGUUUUGUUAUUUAUAAUAUUUAUAUAUAUGUAUACAGUAUAUAUAAAUAUAUACAUACAUGUAUGUAUAUACCCUUCCUUACUCUGAAAGGAUGAAUACUUAUGAUAAAAUACACCUUUUGUUUCAUAAGUAUUGAUUUACCAUAACAUUGUAAACUGGAAAAGCAAAUAACUUCAAAUUGAAUCCAAACAGUCCAUUUUCAAGCAUGCCAAUGAUAAAAUCAUGUGUGAAUAUAUGUACAAGGAUUUAAUUUUUUGGUGAAUUAUAUAAAGGUUAAAGGCAAUAAUUCUGGCUUUCAGUUUUAAUUUUGUUUUCAACAUAUCACAUCAUGUUCACAUCUGAUAAAUGUGUGUGCUUCCUAACAUUGAAUGAAGUGCUAUCCCAAUUUAAAAUACUUCUGUCACACAACCGAAUUACACAACACACUUGAAAUCCACAAGCCAAAUAAACUCAUAGAUAUACAGUAUAUAAUAUAGAAAGUUUAAUUAUAAAACCUUUUCAGCAAUGUUCUUAGGAACUCCAUUACAGGGUGACAUCAUGGUGAUCAGAGUAGCAGAAAGCUAAAGUCUAGAGGGCUAUUUUUCCACAGUUUCAAAAAGUUAAAUAGAGAUACACAUUUCUAAAUCAUUUUAUGUUUUGUAUGCAUUUGAUGUAAACAGUGACAACAUUACAGGAUUUCCAGAGAAGUACUAUAAUAAAUGGCAGGUUAAAAAUAUUGAUAUAUAAGAUAUACUGUAGUUAUAGAAAAAUAUUGAGAAAGAGCCUGCAAUACUAAACUGAUAAUUCCAGAUAAUCUUCACUGCUGUGUGUUCAAAUAAUUAAAUAAAAAAUGAGUUUUCAUAUAUACAGUAGUUUUCUCUGCCUAGCAGUGGGAAAAAAAUAGAAUUUCCACAAUACCACAGAAAAGAUAUUUACUUCUUAACCUAGAUAUGUUUUCAUUGUUUUAUGCUAGGACAUCAGCACAAAAGCAAGUCCUACUAAAAACUGAGUGUUUGUUAUGGUAAUUUAUGAUUACAGUUACAUUGAAAGGCUGUGAUACCUGUUAUGAAAGCACACUAACAAAUGUUGACACAUAAUGCGUGUUACAUAUUUUGUAUGGUGCUCUACCUUGUUUAUUAAUUAAUUGUUAAGGAAACCAGCAGGACUGAGUUUCCAUUGAAUUUGUUUUAGUUAAAAAAAUCACAGACAAAUCAAAAUAUUACUCUAAGCCUUUCUGUGGCUAAUUUUCCCAUUAUAAUACAUUGACAUAUCUGCUGUACAGUUUUCUUGCUUCUUAAGAAAGCUAUUCAGCAUAUCAGUGUUUGUACUCUGAAUACUGUAAAUAAGUUCAAAAGAUUCUUGGAAGCCUCUGAAAUUGGAUUGAAUAGUUACAGUCUCAAAAUUAGAGUAUGAUUAUGACUGUUAAGCCCCACGGUUCUCACUUAUGUCCUGAUUGCAUUAUCUGCAUCAUACUGUUUUCUUACACAUCUCCUCAUACAGUUAUGCCAUUAUUUAUGAGACAGUCUUCCUUUUUUUAUAUUUUUUAUUUUCAUCUUUCAAUACACUUACCAGAAAAAAGAACUGCAAUCAAUUACAUUAUACAAUUUACAUUUUAAGAGACAAGCAGUGCUCAUGUGCUUAAAAGACAUGUUUGUGAACAUGAAGUCACUAUGUUAUUUUUAAAAUUGUGAUUAUGUCAAAGUUGGACUCUCCAAGAAUUUAAAUUUAGAGAUUUGAAGACAAAAAUUAAAUUUAAGGAAAGAUAAUAAUUGACAUGUGCUUUACAUUGUGAAGAAAAAGUUUGUGAACCCUCUAGGUUGGCCAAUAUUCUCAAAUAUUUUAUACCUUAAAUACAAUUGGACCAGUAUGAAAAUCUAAAAAAAAAAUGAAAAUAACAUAAUAUAACAUACUGUGUGACAUAAAGACAGUAGAUAUAUUAGGAUUAUUUAAAUAAAUAUGCUUGUGUGAAAAAGUAUGUGAUCUCUUAGAUUUAGUAACCAAUGUCACCUCCUUGAGCAGCAGUGACUUCAAAUAGACAUUCUCUCUGAUAAACAGUUUUUCUAAUGAGUUUUAGCCCAUUCUUCACACAAAAUGCAUUUCAAGUCAGUGACAUUUUAUGAUUGCCUAGUAUGAACAGUGUUCCUGGCAUAAUAUUUCAAAGGGGAUUUGGUCCAGACUUUGAUUUGACCAAUAAAAAUGAAAAAUUAAGUUUUCUUCUUCAGGCAUUCUGUUGCAGAUCUUUAGGAUCAUUGUCUUGCUGCAUGACAUUUUUGACACAGCUUCUGCUGACAAAAGCAAGGUCUGACAUUCUCUUCCAGAAUUUGCAGAUAAAAUGUUGAAUUCAUGGUUCUAUCAUUAUGGCAAGGCAUCUUGGUCCUGAGGUAGCAAAGAGCCCCAAGCCACGAUACUCCCACCACCACGUUUAACUGCUAGGACAAGGUUGUUCUGUUAUAGGCAGUGUUUGAUUUUCUCCUUUUUUGAGGACAAGACUUUUUUUAUUAUCAAAAACUUUUGAUUGUCUGUCCAGGGAGCAUUCUGCCAGUAAUCCAGAAAUAAAUCUUCAGCAAAACGUGUGAGGGCAGAAGAAAUCAUUGAUCUCUAAAUUUGUUUUUCAAGAGAAGUGGUUUGUCUUGAAUUUAGUCUUUUCCUGAUGGUUAAAGCAUGAACACAUACAACAGCCACAAUAAGAGAGGCCUACAGACCCUUAGCUGUUUUUCUGGAGUUGUUUGUGAUGUUCUGGAUAAUCUUCCAUGAUGCUAUUGUGGAGACCUUGUAGAUGCCCCUUCAUGAAUGAAAAAAAAUGUUUUUACAUUUGUACAUUUUGUACAUGUACAAAACAAACUGUGAGCAACUAAACAACAAAUAUAUUUAGGAUUGAGAGAAAAUGUAAUCAAAAUUAAUGUAGAAGGUACUGUCAACCCUCCUGUCAAAAUGCAAGGUAUCUCACUGAAAUCAUGUUUGGAGAUUUAGUACUCAAAACAAUUUUUUAUUUUUUGGAAAAUAAUAAACAAAUGCAUGAGGUAUCUUCCAUGCGUAUUGUAUUCAGAAAAAAAAAUGCCAUUGCAAUACAAUGUAUGUUUUAAGCAUCUCUUAAGAUUGUACACCUAUAAUUUAAAAUGGUAAGUUAGCAAUAUCACAUUUAGAGCUUUGUAUCCCAGAAGUAAAAGGACAAUUAACAGGGAUGUCUUCCACAGAGAUAUGAAGUAUAUCUUUUUUUUUAACAUAUUUUCUCCAACCUUGAAAGUUCUCUUCUUCUUUUCUGCUUUAAACUAGCAUCUUUAAGGAUUUUGCCAUUUCACUGACUUUGGUCUGGGAUAUUGUAUUAAAAGGAUCAUGAAAUGAAGCAAACAAAUCAACUAUAUUUGAUUUUGUCACUUAAACGUUUUUUGGGAAAGCUUUGGGAAUUCCUUUUAUAAUAAAUUGCAUAUCAUUCAUAAAUUGCAUAUCAUCAUGCAUAACUUCACUACAGCUUAGAAAAAGACAUUAGUGCUAUUGCAAUGCCUAAGUGUAUGAAUUAUUUAUUUCUAUGUAUUAUAUAUUUAAUCUGUCAUAUACACAUUUGAUUUAUUGAACCAAAAUAUAUCAGGAAGCAGAGCAAAAUAUCCAAAUACUUCUAUUUCUUAUUUAAUACAAUUUAAAUCUUAUGGGAUAUGUAAAAACAAAUAAAUAGGAGUAGCUGAUAUCUUAAACUAUGCUAUUUGAUACCCCAUAAUUAUAUUAACCUGAGGAUAAGAAUUUGUUAAAUGUUUUAUUUUUAAAACAAGUUUUUGUAAGCCUAAUGUUCAUUUGGUCAUUUAAUUUGAUAGCAUUAUCUUCCCUCAGGACUUUUAAUUUCUGAAAAUGUUAUAAUUGUCAUUUUUCAUCCUUGCUUGUUUACUUUUUAUUUCUUUUUACUAAAAGCAAGACUUAUGUGUAGUGCUACUGAAAUAGUAGAACAGUAUUGUAAUUUAUGUUACACUGGUAUCAAAGGAAAAAUUCAUGCUAAAUUACCAAUAAUAAAGCAAGAGACAAUGGAAAAUAAAUCUAAUUUACCCAUUUCCUGAUUACUUUGCUGCACAUUUGUCAAUAAAUUCUUCCACUGAUCCAGAAAGCAGGUAUAAUAAGUUUCAGCACAUUAGAUUGUGUGUUGUCUUGGGUUAUUCUGGUACAAAUAAAUAGUUGCAUAUCAAAUUAGAAGUCAUUAAUAUCAACAUUAACACUAAUCUGAUCCACAAACGCUGUCUUCCAUAUAUGACCAGAAGCAGUUGGUGGAUCUGCCAUAUAUGUAUUCAUAAUUAACAUUUUCAGAAUCUCACCUAUUUGGAGAAAAAGAUUAUACAGAAUCUGGAUUUUCUUUCACAUUAGUACUGCCUGGAUCAAAAACCUCAUAUAAAAAAUGGGCUUGCAAUUUUGUUUUAGUCUGAUUUGUGAGUCUAUUCAUUCAUUGGUAUAUUAUUUUUCCAAGUCCCUGUUUUUCAGACAUGAACAUUCAGAAAUGUAUACGGUAUGUGCCGAGUCACUUCAUAUCCUUACAUCAUCACUUUAAUUGUAAGCUUUACCUAUAAAAACUCUACUACACAAUUGAACACCAUGAAUCUAUCGAAAUAGUUAAUUAAAAAUUAUUCCUUUGAUGUGGCCCGACUGUAUUUGUCUAACAUUUCUCUGCAUUGUCUUCACGUGUUAUCCUAUGUGUUAAAAAUAUGCUAUUUCUGAUGUACUUUUAUGUGUAUAGAUGUUUCUUCUUAUGUCUUCUGGUGCUUGUAUUCAAAAUUCUGUAUAGUUGGUGCAUUUUUUUGUAUUGUAAUACUUUUCUUUCUUUUUUAUUUUUGUUUCCACUUGUGUGCAUGCAUUUGGUCUGCAACAGUGAUUUAAGAGACGUCUGUGUUUCCUGUGUGUUUCUAUUACAUGUUAGCUCUCAUUGCAUGCCAUCAAGUCAAAUAUUCUAGACUGUAUUGUUCCUUUCAUAAUGGAAUCACAGAACACUAAUAAUAAAGUGAUUUCAUAUUA